AUGGCACAGCCAGGCCCUGCCCGACCCGGCAGCGGCGGCCUCGGGCGGGGGUCGGUGCUCACUGCGGUCUCGGCCGCUCGCUCCUCGGGUUCCGAACCCUGUCCCCGGUCACCCGGCCCCUUCGGUUGUUUUCAGGUUACUGCUGCAGAGGGGAAAGGCCUCCAGGACGAGUCAAGCGAUUCGGAGGGGGAAAAUGAAGCAAAGGGUGACUUACUGCCCAAAAAGCCAGCCUGGGUGGAUGAGGAUGAUGAAGCCGAGGAAAGUGUUGACAUGACCCAUAAGUACAGGAAAGAUUUCAUGAAAAGUGAUGCUGAGACAACGCUUACUAAGAAAAAACUAAAGAAGAGACUUGAGGAACAGUUUCAGCAAGCCAUGGGAGGAGUUCCUGCCUGGGCUGAUCUAGAAAACAGGAAGAAAUCCAAAGGGACUUGGAGUGAUAGUGACAGUGAUGAAGAUGAUGAUCUGCUACGCAGGACUGGCAGUUUCGUAACGCACUCAGAGGCUCUGCCAAGAGGGAUUUUGAAGAUGAGCACCUGCCCUCCUGCAAACCAGGAACGUUUUGCCAAUGGAAAACUGGUGACAGUGCAGUUUCAUCCUUCAGCUCAAGUGGUGAUGACAGCUGGGCAUGAUCGCUCUGUGUCCCUCUUCCAGGUGGAUGGUAUAAGGAACUCAAAAAUACAGAGCAUCUAUUUAGAGAGUUUUCCAAUUUAUAAGGCUCGUUUCAGUGUGGAUGGAGAACAAGUUAUAGCCACUGGUACUCACCACAGCAUGUUCUUUGUCUAUGACAUGAUGGCUGGGAAUAUCAUCCCUAUUCCAAAAGUACGAGGUGUGGAGGAAAAAUUUCUCAGAAACUUUGAACUCUCUCCAGAUGGAUCAUUUAUGCUGCUAAUUGGAACUUCAGGUUACCUUCACUUGCUGUCCAUGAAGACAAAAGAACUGAUCAGCACUAUGAAGGUGAAUGGAAGGUGCACUGCCUCUGCUUUCACCCCAGACAGCAGUAAAAUAUACAGCUAUUCAAAGGAGGGCGAAGUUUUCAUUUGGGAUGUGAGAAGCAGAAAGUGUCUACACAAAUUCGAAGAUGAAGGUUCUUUGGAAGGAAAGUGCAUUGCUGUUUCAAAAAAUAACCAGUAUGUGGCAUGUGGUUCAUCUUCUGGAGUUGUAAAUUUAUACACUACUGAUGUCUGCCUCAAAGAAAACCGUCCUAAACCAGUUAAAGCCAUAAUGAACCUUGUUACUUCUGCCACCUGUGUGACUUUUAAUCCCACCACAGAGAUUCUGGCAGUAGCCUCCCGUGACACUGAUGAGGCUGUCAAAUUGGCUGAAACAUUAUCCAUCGUUCUGAAAGAAGAUACAGGAGAAAAUGAACCAGUAACUGAGGUGUUGUAACCUGCAGCUACAAGGAUGCUGACAAAAUCAAAGUUUUUUUUUUUAAUUUGUAAUUUUAUAUGGGAGCUACAAAAUACUAAUAGAAUAUAUGUAUUUUAAAAUUUGUUUGUUUUAAAUAAAUAUACCUGGUAAGUUUCCAGGCAACUUGUUUCAA